CAACCAGAGACGUCAUAGGAACGGGGUUUUUUUUUCCUACUAGUUGAGCUCGGCCAAUCGCCGGCUCGCUUUGGAUUAUUGCGCUAUUGAUCAAUCCGAGCGCCUCUUGCUUUGCCUUGGACUUUUCAGAAGAGCGCAGCGCAGGCGGAGGUUUCGGGACAGAGCAGAGGAUGGCUCGGCGCUCUGCGUCCCUGUGGCUCCUGGUGUUGGAGGUGGUCGCUUUGCAGCACAUGUGUCUCGGCUCCUCCUCACAUUCCCUCAAGGUCAUCUACUACGCUGUCUUGGAGCCCAGCCGGAGGCUGUCCCAAUUUGUUAUUCAGGGCUAUGUGGACGGUCAGAUCUUUUCUCGCUAUGACAGCAACAGCAGGAAGAUUCACCCUCGAGUCCCCUGGAUGGAGAAAUCGGGGAAGGACAUUCCCCAAUACUGGCAGACUCUGACUGAUAUAGCGCGUACCUACAAUGAUCUGUUCAGAGAACGCCUGGAGAAUCCGAGGACUCACUACAAUCAGAGCAAAGAUCUUCGUACGCUACAGGGCAACACACGCUGUGAACUCUCGGGAAAUGGGAGUGAACGAUACUUUUGGACGGAGGAGGUUUAUAAUGGAGAAAUCAAAGCCACCGUUCUCUGGUCUAAGUAUCUCUCCAGUGGAGACUGCAUUGGGUUGCUAGAGAGGUGCCUGUCUUAUGGGAACGAGACGCUGAUGAGAACAGAGAUCCCAGUAGUGACUGUGAGCAGCAGGUCAGAGGUGGAGGAUGGGAUGGAGACACACGUCUGCCGGGUCCACGGCUUCUACCCCAGGGAGAUCGAUGCCUCCUGGAGGAGGGACGGGGAAGUCUGGCUGGAGGACACUUUCCAUGGGUUUUUGACCCCCAAUGCGGAUGGGACUUACUACUAUUGGCUCAGCAUCCAGAUCGAUUCCAAAGAGAGGGACCGCUAUCGGUGCCAUGUGGAGCACGACAGCCUGCAGGAGCCUCUGGAGGUGGCCCUGAAGGCUCCAGAAUCCAACCUGGGCCUCAUCAUCGGCUGCGUUGUGGCUGGUCUUGUCCUGGUGGGGGUGAUUGUUGGGAGUUUGAUAUUCUUGAUUUACUCUCCCCCUCUUUUGAGUCCCGCACUUCUGCUCCUCCCCCAAGAGGAAGAGUUCCUAGGAAGAGAUUUUCUCCAAUGCCUGAAUCAGAUAAAACUUUCGCUUCCCUUUGGCAGCUUUUCUCGCCUAGCAACCCUUGACGACAUAAGAAUGCAUUUUUUCUAUUGGCCAAUCGCCGGCCCGUUCUGGAUUGUGGCGCUGUUUAUCACUGUGAGCGCGUCUUUCUUUGCCUUAGACUUCAGGAGAGGGGAGCGCAGGUUGAGGAUGGCGGGCAGGAUGGCUCUGCGCUUUGCGCCCCUCUUGUUUCUGGCGUUGCUGAUGGUCGACUUCCCGGAGAGCAGCUUCGGCUCCUCCUUGCACUCCCUAAAGCAUUUCUCCGCUUGCACCUCGGAAUUCAGUCAGGGGCAACCCCACUUUUUUCUUCUGGGGUAUGUAGACGAUCAGGUCUUUGUCCACUAUGACAGCAACAGCCAGAGGAUGCAGCCUCGAGUCUCCUGGAUGGAGAAGAUAAAGAAGGAGGAUCCCCAGCUUUGGGACAGAGAGACUCAGAGCAUACGUGAUAAUGAGGAGCUGAGCAGAACAAAACUGGAGUUUCUGAGAAGUGGCUACAAUCAGAGCGAAGGCUUUCACACACUGCAGUGGAUGUACGGCUGUGAACUCCGGAGUGAUGGAAGCAAAGAAGGGCUUUUGCAGUAUGCCUACGAUGGGAGGACCUUCAUCGCCUUCGACAAGGAGAACCUCACCUGGGUGGCUCACCAGCCCCUGGCUCAGAUCAUCAAGAAGACAUGGGAUGAUAUGCCGGGAUCUAAUCAGGGAUGGAAAUCCUACCUGGAGGAAGAUUGCAUUGAGUGGCUGCAGAAGCACCUGUCCUACGGGAAAGAGAUGCUGCUGAGGACAGACUCCCCGGUGGUGACAGUAAGCAGCAGAAUGGAGACUGAGGAUGGGAUGGAAACGCACGUCUGCCGAAUCGACGGCUUCUACCCUCAGGCAAUUGAUGCUUCCUGGACAAGGGACGGGAAGGUCUGGUUGCAGGACACCUUCCAUGGGACUGUGGUCCCCAAUGCGGAUGGGACCUACCACUGUUGGCUCAGCAUCCAGAUUUAUCCCAAUGACAGUGACCAGUACCGAUGCCAUGUAGAGCAUGACGGCUUGCAGGAGCCUCUGAACGCGGCCCUAAAGGCUCCAAAGUCCAACAAAGGGUUCAACAUUGGCUACCUUGUGGCUGGUCUUGUCCUGGCAUGUGUGAUUGUUGGGACUUUGAUACCCUUCAAGAAACUUCAAGCUAAGUACAGAAGAGCACCAAGUCCUUUGGAGGAUAGAUUGACUUCCUCUUCUCUUUGACAGCCCCUCAAAUAUUGGACGCCUGGUAUCGUGUCACCCCUAGUUCUUCUCUUCAUUAGACUAGGCCGGGGUGUCAAACGUGUGUUCAUCAUGUCAACGUCACGUGAUGUAUUGCGAGGGUGGGGGGGAGAGAGAGGGAGAGGGUUGGAAUCAGAUCUGAGUUUCUCCAUCUCCUUCCUCUAGCCAAUUGACCUUCUGGCUUUCUUUUCUUUUUUUCUCCAGCAGGUGACGAAGGAUCUGACAGUUCGUGCCUGAGUAAGUCAGAGGGAACUGUUCUUGAAUGAGCAAAAAUGUUCUAGCUCUUAAGAAGGCUUUUGGGGGGUUUGAAAACGGUUUGAAAAUGGGGAGGCCCCUUUUAAAGGGCAUCAUAAUACAUCCUUCAUGCGUUCCCUUUCAGAUCUGGUUCUGGUAAAAUAAUUAAAAUAAUUGGAGCCAAUUUGUUUUGGUCAUGAAAGCACCAGACUAGAAACCAGGAGACUGUGAGUUCUAGUUUUCCCUUAAGCACAAAAACCAGCCAAUCCCUCUCUCUCAGCCCAGCAGGGG